ACAACGAGCGAGGGAACCCCAUCAGCUGGAAGUCGAGUAAUAUUACAACUCCAACCACUAAGCCAAAUUCAAUUGUGAGGUCAAGAUAAUUUGCAGUUUUAAAACGUAGUAAGAGCCUUUUCAGUUUCAAAAGGGUGCUUGGACCUGCUCCAAUAUCUGGACGCAUCAGGAUUCAUACAGUUGAUUAGGACGAGGUAUCGGUGAUUCAAAACUGGAGAGGAAAGCAUGGAGUAUUUCAUGGUACCAGCUCAGAAGGUGCCCUCCUUGCAACAUUUUAGAAAGACUGAGAAAGAGGUGAUCGGAGGAUUGUGCAGUUUAGCAAACAUCCCCCUGACCCCGGAGACAGCGCGGGAUCAGGAGCGGCGUAUCCGACGUGAAAUUGCCAACAGUAAUGAGCGCAGGCGUAUGCAGAGCAUCAAUUCUGGCUUCCAAUCACUCAAAACACUCAUCCCUCACAGUGAUGGAGAGAAACUUAGUAAGGCAGCCAUUCUACAGCAAACAACUGAGUAUAUAUUCUCUUUGGAGCAAGAGAAGACACGACUCCUUCAGCAGAAUAACCAGCUUAAGCGGUUUAUACAGGAGUUUACUGGCUCCUCCCCAAAAAGGAGACGUGCAGAGGAGAAGGAUGAAGGGAUUGGCUCUCCAGAUGCCUUGGAAGAGGAGAAGAUGGAGGACCUCCGCAGAGAGAUGAUUGAACUUCGACAGCAGUUGGACAAAGAGAGAUCAGUCCGUAUGAUACUAGAAGAACAGAUCCGCUCACUAGAUGCUCACCUCUAUCCUGAGAAGCUCAAGGCCAUAGCUCAGCAGGUUCAGGAGCAGCAAGAGCAGACUCAGACUCUCCUACGACUGCAGCAACAACAGGAAACGACAGAGAGAGAAAUUCACAUGGUCAGCAGUCCACAGGUUUUGGCUCCAUCCACCCCUCCUACACCUACCAGUCACCCGACAGUUAUAGUCCCUGCCCCUGUUCUGUCCUCUUCCUCUCACCAUGCUACCGUGGUAACAAUGGGACCGGCUUCUGUUAUAAACACAGCAUCUACAUCACGGCAGAAUCUGGACACCAUUGUGCAAGCCAUCCAGCACAUUGAGGGCACACAAGAACGGACCAUAACCGAGGCGGAACAGCGGAAAGCAGUGAUUGUAACGCCUGCGCGCCCUCUCUCUGAUCCAGCAGAUUCUGAGACAACUUCUGACACUGACGAGCUAGAGGACAGCUUACUGCCUUGAUCCACUCAAAAUAAAUAAUGGGUGAUGACUUCACAUGCCACCCAUCAAUAGACAAAUACACUUGGACACAUACAACUGGGUACGGCAAAGUGAACACAUGACCACAAAGUUCUACUACUGUGGUCCUUGCAUGUUAGGUGAAGACUAACAUGCAUAUAAUUACCCAGUUUCCCAUGGUAAGAUGUAGGAGUUGCAUAGCUUUCUGAGUUUAUGGAAGUCCAUAUUUCCUCUACUUCAGGAUGCUAAAUGGACUCAUUAAAUGUGAUCGUUCAGUGAACAUUCAACCCCAGCACUCCUAGAACCUGUGAACACUCAAAAUGGUUUGUGGUGCACAGAGUUUACUGACCCAUAGUCCAUGGGCAGAGAUCUUGUAUUUUCUUCUCUUGGCCGUGCUAUGCUCAUUUUCAUAGUCUCUUAUCAGUAAGAGGUUAUGUUCAGCAUGACACUGUGAGCUCAUUACUUUUAGAAUAUCAUUUGCUUCCAAAAGCAGGGAAAAUAUAUUUUUUUUUUAGCCAUUUCCAUUGUACUGGACUGAUCACUAAAGUAUGGUCAUGCAUUUUUGUUUUGAAAAUAUCAUCAGUGUUCAAGAACAUGACUAGCUUCCAGAGGGCUCCUGUUGAUCAAACAGCAGAUGGAUGCAGCAGGAAUGUGCACUUCUUUUAAAUUCUGUCAUAUACAGUGAUGUUCACACUAUUUUGUGAAUGAAUGCUGCACUGGGCUGGGUUCCUAGUGUUCACUCUAAUGGUUCAGGCACCACCUGGCAUCCUCAGAGAUGACACACAUUUUGUUUCAAAUUGAACUUGUAUGUUUCCCAUUCAUUACCAUUAUGUUCAAUUGAAUAAGCUAACAAGCAGGGGGGUUCUACCUGUAAGGCCUUUUGUAUUAUCGCAUGUGUGUGUUUCCUGCCUUUUGACAAGGCACUCACUCAUGGAUACACAACUAUAGAGACACAAGCUACCAUGGAUCUGUAAAAGUUUAGGUUAGCACUACUUUUGCAUUCACAUUACUGUAUGUGAAUUCUAGGCCAUCAGUUGCCCUUUAUAUACUUUUUUGAUUUUUCUCUUGCGCAUAUGUUAUGAUUUGAUUUAUAUGUUGUGUAUGUGUGCAUUCUGUCUGAAGGAGGACUUUCUGUGUCCUCUGUAGUAUUGUUUACACGUGCUAAAGAGGGUAGAGCAGCAUUACACCAGCGCACUUCGCUCUAUGCACUCUAUGUUCUGCUCUCUUGUAUGAAUGUUUCUCAGUGUUAAUGUUCCUUGAGUCCAUUCUUUUGCACAUGCCUCCCUCAAGAUCAGUGUGUUAUGACAUGAGGGCUAGUCUGUGCCCUGAGAGGUUGUCAGUGGUGACCCGACUGAAAUCAUGCCUACUGCAGCAGAACCAGCCCCUGGUGGGAAGACACUAGCAGACAUUAUGUGUGUGUGAGUGUGUGUGAAGGUGCUGAAGUGUUACAGAGGCCCUGGUGUUGGUACAGCCCUGGAGUGGGUGUCAUUGGGAAAGGGAGAUGCCUUUGUUGAUGAACUCUGAGGUUUCAUUUUUAACUUCAGUUGGGCACUUAGUCAAUCUAUGUGAUGAAUCGCAGCAACUUUCAGAUUAUUCCUUUCAUCAUGUUGGGGACACUGAAGAGUUCCUGAUGGAAUGUCCUGUUGUGAUACUCAGAUGAUUUCAGACUGACUCAGACCUUGAUUAAAUUCAGUGCAUUUUUACAAAUGGUGGGCAAGGGACAUUCCUACCCAUCUCCAACAUUCCACAUAACUAUUGGAAUUUCGGCAUCUCCGUCUUUUACAUUGGUGUGUAUGUAUUGAGUUUGGCUUGCAACUGAUCUGCAUGUGUCUAGCUGUAAGCAGUUGGAGGAAUUGGACCUCCUGAUCAUGCUCUCAUGGAUGGCUCUCUGUGGUCCCUGAGCCCUCUGAUGUCAUCAGUGGCCUUGAGACCCACAGGAAGUUUACAAAGAAGUUUUGUAGGCCCUGCCCGUUUGUGAUGUGGAAAAACCAGAACCUGCAGUUCAAUCUUGCGAUGUCAAAGAUGAAAUAUUAUGAUUUAAAAUUAAUAUUGGGCGAUUAAGCUUUCAUUUCACAGCUUUUAUUGUGAGCAUCUUUAAAGCUUCAAUUGGUGAACUUUUCAUCUCUUUAGACUGUUUCCACAUACAGCAUUGAAUAAGAAGCGCUAACAAUUUCUUAUGAUCUAUAUUUGUCCUCUGUUCUAAAUCUGUUAUGAACCCAGAGGACAUAUCAGAUGUGUAAAUGUCUGUUCGGAGAGGAAUGAUUUGAGUAUAAUCAUGAAGCACUUAAUGAAGCCUACAGAGAAGAGUCUUGCCUUUUUAGAGAUAUACCUUCAAAACUUAUUUUAUUCUGAACAGAGACCACUGACCUGCGGGACUGUCUCUUCUGUCUUACAUGUCACACCUGUAUGUCUCUGUGGGAGGUGCGAGACAUCUCAUAUCUUCUUGUCAUCUCUCAAUCACCCACUCUCACUCAUUUUUCCUGUUACCUUUUCUUACCAUUUGUUGGACAGUAUCUUUCAUUGAUGUCAAAAUAUGUGUUUUACUUUUUGUUUUGAUUAUUCUCUUUUUAACUGGGGAAAGAGGCGUGUGCCUUUGUAAAGACAUAAUAAUAAAGUUUGUACUUUGUUUUUUUACA